GGGAGAUGAAAAUUUAGGAGUGAAAUGUUGAUGAUGUGACGCAAAAAAACGAUAUAGGGGGGAAAAUUUAGGGGGAACGCUUGCGGAUAGCCUCAGAGUACGUGCGGUCAGUGUGACUGAACUGAUGCUCGCCGCUCGCGUGUCGCAAAGGAAUCGGACUACAUGGCGUCGACCUGGAGAGCCAAGACGGUGGGUCCAGCGGUCCCGUCGGCGUACCUCGACAACCGGCUGCCGGACGACACAUCCUACGGCUUCCACCUCUACACGCCUAUGACGGAGACGACGAAGGCCUGGCUGGACGCUAGGCCCGCGCGCUCGGUCGUGUACGCCUCUUUAGGCAGCAUCGCCAAGCCAGACGCGGCUCAGACGGCGGAGAUGGCGGAGGGGCUGUACGGCAGCGGCAAGGCCUUCCUGUGGGUCGUCAGGGCCUCGGAGAGCGCGAAGCUACCUGAAAACUUCGCCGGCAGGACCACCGAGGAGAGGGGCCUCGUCGUGACAUGGAGCCCUCAGCUCGAGGUGCUGGCGCACCCGGCUGUGGGGUGCUUCGUGACGCACUGCGGGUGGAACUCGACGAUGGAGGCGCUGGGUGCCGGCGUGCCGAUGGUGGCCAUGCCGCAGUGGUCGGACCAGACCAUGAACGCCAAGUACAUCGAGGACGUGUGGCGCGUAGGCGUGCGAGUGCGCCCGGACGGGAGAGGCGUGGUGAGGAAGGAGGAGCUCGAGAGGUGCGUGAGGGAGGUGAUGGAAGGAGAGAGGAGCUUGGACUACAUCCGGAACGCUGCCGGCUGGAAGGAGAAGGCCAGGAGUGCCAUGAGCGAAGGCGGCAGCUCCGACAAGAACGUCCUAGAUUUCCUUGGCGCGCUUGGACUGAAAAAAUAAAUGGCCGGGGCAGAUGUCUUUGGGACUUGCUUGUUUCAGCGCCCCCUCUUCAGUUAUUGUUCUCUUUCCUGGGCCCUUGUUGUUGUGGAAUAAUGUGCGGCGUUGGCUGCAAGGUAAAAUCAGUUGUGACAGUGAAGCUAAUUUACUGAAACUGAUAUGUAGGGGUGAAAACGGGUAGGGUACCCGAAACGGGUACCGGAUACGGAUACUGAUUCGGGACCAUUUUUCGGA